UCAAAAAUAUAAAAUUAAUGUUGGCCUUUAUAGCUUUAUGGUCGGUGAAAGAGCCGACACUGUUAUCAGCUGCGGUGAAGAGUGCUCAGGUCAUUGGUGAAGAAAAAUCUACCACUGUUAGAAAUUAAUUGGCUGUUUUAUAAGUUAGGUUUGAGACGGGUCCAGAAUAGUCUCCGCUAUUGACUGGCUGUUUGUGAGACUCUUUUCUAAAAUUAGACUGACCAAGAUAUUGUGCUGCUGAAGAAGCUUCACUACACCCAGGCCAAGACCGGAGUAGUUAAAGAUUGACAACAGACGACCGCCAAACAUGCCAGGUGUCACCACAGCCAGUGUUGUAGUUGAUUUUCUUCACUAUAAAUCACAGAGCAAUGGGUUGGAGUGCCCGCUUAUAGAGGGUCUAGACUCUUACCAAAGCAGUAACCCCAUGAUUCAAGAUGCUUUGAGGAAAAUGACAUCUGAAGUUGAGUAUCAGUAUCAGCUGAGAACCAAUGGAUUGGAUAUGAUGGACAUCCUUCAUGUAACACCAGACACUGCAUUCAGCACAUUCCACAGAGUCGUCAAUCAAAUCUUUUACAACUCGUUCAACCUUAACGUGAGCCACAAUGGAAUACAGCCCUCGUGGGGUCGGAUCGUCUCGUUACUGACCUUCAGCGGCAACUUAGUCAUCCACUGCAUUCAGAACGAAAUGCCGCAGUUAGUGCAGCAGAUUGCUCAGUGGACAAUAAGCUACAUAGAUACUUACUUGCUGGGAUGGAUCAACAGCCACGGGGGUUGGAUGGGAAUUAUUUCCCCAGCUUCUCCCUUGGUUUGUUGGAAGAACAUUCUAGGCUUGGCGGCCCUCGCCGGAAUGACUGCAUUGGUGAUGCUGCACGUACACUCAAGAUGACGUGAUCCUCUCAACUUCAUGGAGAAGGUGUGCCUUGAAGAUAAUCGAUUAUAAAAGUGUACACGAGUCAGGAUAAUAUACUAAAGGAACACGUUGCCUUGCAUCGGAGGAGUUGGUCUUUGAAAAGAGUUUCUAGUUUUUAAUAAAAUGCAUACAUGUAUGGGUAGAGAGAUGUUGUAGAAGUAGAUCACAAUGAUCCACACAAACACGUCUCAAAAUUGUGCGGUUUUCUUUUUACCUUGUCAACUAACACAGUCGGCCA